GAAACCACAGAGAGAGAGAGAGAGAGAGAGCAUGACUCAGUGUGUACCAAGCCUAAACCUUCCCAAAACCCUCAACUAUGAGGUCUCACCAAUCAAGCAGUCCUUCCCUUCAAUCUCAUUCUCAUCAUUGUCGUUAUCUUGUAAAUCAAUGUCGAAAUCCAAGAAAUACCCAUCAAUCUCUGCUUCUGUAAUGUCGAGCCAUGACCACCAAAACCCAUCUCUCGACGCUUUUACUUGUAGUGACCGCAGAGACGAAGUUCUUGGAGCUAUUCGAAGCUCCCUCUCUAACUGUCUCUCUGAAACCAAUCUUCAUCUAACUGUCCCUGGUCUCAAAUCCAAAAUCAGAGGCAAGGUCAGGGACAUCUACGAUGGAGGGGAUUAUCUUGUUCUGGUUACAACCGAUCGACAAAGUGCAUUUGAUAGGGUUCUUGCUUCAAUUCCAUUCAAAGGCCAGGUUCUUAAUGAGACAAGUUUGUGGUGGUUUAAUCAAACUCAGCACAUUGCUCCGAAUGCCGUAGUGUCAGCUCCGGAUAAGAAUGUUACAAUUGCAAAGAAAUGUUCAGUUUUUCCUGUUGAAUUUGUUGUCAGAGGUUAUGUGACUGGAAGUACUGAUACUUCUCUGUGGACAGUCUACAAUAAGGGUAUCCGAAAUUACUGUGGCAAUGCCCUCCCCGAUGGCAUGGUGAAAAACCAAAGGCUACCUGCAAAUAUACUCACACCAACGACUAAGGCUGCAGAUCAUGAUGUUCCUGUAACUCCAGAAGAGAUAGUUCAACGUGGGCUGAUGACUCAGGCUGAUUAUGAUGAAGCAAGUAGGAAAGCAUUAAGCUUAUUUGAAUAUGGGCAGCGUGUGGCUUCAGAACAUGGCCUGAUUUUGGUAGACACAAAAUAUGAAUUUGGAAAGGGUUGUGAUGGUACGGUGCUUUUAAUUGACGAGGUACAUACACCUGACUCGAGCAGAUAUUGGAUUGCCCAUUCCUAUGAGGAUCGAUUUCAGAACGGUCUUGAACCUGAAAAUGUUGACAAGGAGUUUCUAAGGUUGUGGUUCAAAGAUAAUUGCAAUCCAUACGAGGAUGAGGUCCUUCCGGAUGCUCCUGAAGAACUUGUUUCUGAAUUGGCUUGGCGAUACAUUUUCUUGUUUGAGACGAUAACGAAGUCAAAAUUUGAUAUACCAGUGACAGAGGAUCCUAUACAUGAUCGGAUCUCACGAAAUGUUUCAAUGGCACUGUCAUCUCUACAGUAAUUCAAUUGAAGUCUGAACUAUAUUGACUCAUCAUGUGUUAUGCUGAUAUUGUUGUGAGAAGAUCAACCCAAAUUUGGUCCAUAUAAAGAUGGGCAUUUAGGCCUUUGGGAUAGCAUCAGGGUCCACACUUUCACAGGAAUUGCCCUUGAUGUUGCAACGACCUCUUCAAAAUCCAUGGCUCUGGGCAAUAGCUCGUGGGGGUGUUAACUAAACCAGAUUAUUCUGUCUUAACAAAAAAAAAAAAGAAAAAAAAAAACCCAGAUUAUUCUGAAACUUGCCGAGGUUUACAAUGCUUUGUUAGUAUUUAGUUUUUUUGCUUUUCGUGAUGAUUAUUUUGCAGAUGAUGUUGCUUAUGGCUCCUUUUUUUUUUUUUUUUUUUUUUAAAUGCUUUGUUACUAGAUUUUCAUUUUUGUGUCUAACUGUUUGUAGUUGAUGUCAAAAGACACAAUGCUUUGUUGGGAUAUGUUUUGAGCUAUCAUCACUCAUUGUCGAUUUGCUGUCUC